AUGAGUCCAUUCAUUGUCAAUGGAAAGCCCCAGUUGAGCGAGCAAGCUAAGAACCUUGAAAAAGCCAUUGCAAUAAUCGGCAGCGGCUGUCGAUUUCCAGGCCAUGCUCAUGCCCCCUCAAAGCUUUGGGAGCUACUGGAGAAUCCUAGAGACGUCUCCUCGCCGCUACCGGCCUCACGAUUCAAUGCCGCUGGAUUCUAUCACAAUGACGGUGCUCAUCAUGGCCACACCAAUGUCAAAGACCUUCGGGGCUAUUUUCUCUCGGAAGAAGGCAUUGAACGAAAAUUCGAUGCCAAUUUCUUUGGCAUCAACAAUGCGGAAGCCAACGUACUCGAUCCCCAGAUGCGCCUACUCCUCGAAGUAACCUAUGAGGCUCUUGAGAGAGCUGGUAUCAAGAUCGAGAGUCUGCAGGGGACCAAUACUGGAUGCUAUGUUGGUCUGAUGAGUGGAGAAUACGAGUCAGCUAUGCUCAAAGAUCCCGAGACCAUCGGAACGUACCACGCUACCGGAACUGCACGAAGCUUCCUAUCUAACCGACUAUCCUAUUUCUUCGACUGGCAUGGGCCAUCAAUGACCAUUGAUACUGCCUGUAGCUCUAGUUUGGUGGCCGUCCAUCAAGCUGUGCAAUUGCUGCGCUCGGGACAGUCUGAUGUUGCCAUUGCGUCAGGAUCCAAUAUGAUCAUGGACCCAGGCAAUUACAUCAGCGAGAGCAAACUACAGAUGCUUUCCCCGGAUGGUCAGUCAAGAAUGUGGGAUGCGGACGCCAACGGCUACGCGCGCGGCGAGGGUGUCUGCACGCUGGUUUUGAAGAGGCUCGAAGAUGCCCUGGCGGAUGGCGACUACAUUGAGUGCGUUAUUCGGGAAACGGGGUGCAACUCCGACGGCCGCACGAACGGAAUCACCAGGCCUUCCCCUGUUGCGCAAGCUGCGCUUAUCCGGGAGACAUAUGCAAGGGCUGGGUUGGAUCCAUGCUGCGCCAUGGAUCGGCCACAAUAUUUUGAGGCGCAUGGUACUGGAACAGCUGCAGGAGAUCCAAUCGAGGCGGAAGCCAUUCAUUCCGCUUUCUUCGGCGAUUCAAGCGCCGAUGAUGGUCGGCUCUUAGUUGGUAGCAUCAAGACUGUUUGUGGCCAUACUGAAGGCGCUGCUGGUGUGGCUGGCAUACUCAAGGCCUCCCUGGCUUUGCAAAAAGGCGUGAUUCCCCCGAAUCUGCUCUUCAACGCCCUCAACCCUAGUGUCAAGCCUUUUGUGAAUCACCUAGAACUUGCCACAAGCCGUUUUGCUUGGCCGCUCAUCACAGAUGAACAGCCACGACGCGCAAGCGUGAACAGCUUCGGUUUCGGCGGUACCAACGCGCACGCCAUCCUAGAGUCCUUUGAUAACGCACCUGAACGAACAAAGCCCAAUCCCGCAGAUCCAAUUUUCACGCCUUUUGUCUUUUCUGCUGCCUCGCCGAAGUCUCUGCGGAAUUACCUCAAGUCUUUUGCUUCUCACCUCGAGCGCAAUGUGGAGAGUUUACGAAUGCGCGAUCUAGCCUAUACUCUACAUAGCCGCCGGAGUCGCUUUCCCUAUGCUCUUUCUGUGGUUGCCAACGAUGGUCAUGUACUCCGGAAGAAGCUCGAGGAGGUUCUCAAAGAGUCAGAAGCCAAUGGCAAGCCGAUUGGAAUACGCGCUGCCCCAAGCCAUAGUGGCCCCAAACAAGGCUCCGGUGUCGUCGCCAUUUUCACUGGACAGGGUGCACAGUGGGCCACUAUGGGUGCUGAGUUACUGUCAAGCUCGACAGUGGCAUCAGAAAUCCUAGCGAGACUAGAGCAACGCCUGACUCAGCUUCCUAAGCUCGACCGUCCCACGUGGUCGCUCAGGGAAGAGCUGUUACGUGCGGAAAACUCCCGAAUCGGGGAACCAGAACUUUCUCAGCCACUUUGUACAGCCAUUCAGAUUCUCUUGAUCGAUAUUUCUCGCUCGGCUGGCUUGAAUUUUAGUGCUGUCCUGGGACAUUCUUCAGGAGAGGUUGCUACAGCCUAUGCAGCUGGGAUCAUAUCGGCAGAGGAUGCUAUCUGCAUCGCAUACUACCGUGGUCUAUGUACCAGGUUAGCCCAAAACAGUAAUGGGAAGCAGGGAGCAAUGAUGGCUGUUGGAACAUCUGCCGAGGAUGCUUCUGAAGUUCUGGAAGCCGGUCUAUUCAAGGGCAGGGUCACUAUUGCGGCUAUCAAUUCUUCAUCCAGUGUGACGCUGUCGGGAGAUAAGGAUGCCAUCGAGGAAUUGAAAGAUAUCUUCGAGGACGAGGAGAAGUUCGUCCGGAUCCUCAGGGUGGAGAAGGCCUACCAUUCGCAUCACAUGAAACCUGCCGCGGAGAGUUUACGUCAAUCACUUCUGGACCUAGACAUCAACGUGAAACAAGAGUCCAUCUCCAAGUGCGUUUGGGUGUCAAGCGUUACGGGUCAGCGAUUGACAGCCCAGGACGGAGAGAGACUGAAAGCAGAGUACUGGGUAGAAAACCUACUCAGUCCUGUGCUUUUCAUGAAAGCUCUGCAAGAGACAUGCAGCAUCGUUGGCCGACCAGAUGCUGUCAUCGAGAUUGGUCCCCACCCAGCUUUGCGGGGUCCGGCAGAGCAGACUAUACGAGAGGAAAUUGUGGGAGGAGACGACAUUACAUAUGCCGCGCUCUUGAAAAGAUCCUCGCAGGCCCUCAAAUCUGUCGCAGAGGGAUUAGGUCAGCUGUGGACUCACGCACCACGUCUUUCGUUGGACCUUCAAAGCUACGAUCAGUUUAUAUCUGACGGUGCCGCUUCCAAACUCGACAGGACGAUUCCGCUCUAUGCAUGGGACCACGACACCAAUUACUGGCAUGAUUCGCGAGUCACGCGGUCGUACCUAAACAGGAGCUCGGAACAUGAGCUUCUUGGACAUCUUCUUGAAGCCGCAGAAGAUGCGCACCAGUGGCGUCAGUUCCUUAGUCCCAAGGAGAUACCAUGGCUAGACGGGCAUCGUUUGCAAGGCCAGAUAGUCUUUCCGGCUGCCGGGUAUGUUGUGCUUGCUCUUGAGGCUGCUAGAGAAUAUGUCCGGAGUCUCAGCGAGUCAGUAAAGGUCUCACUCCUCGAGAUUCAGAAUAUGGACAUCGGCCAGGCCAUGACUUUUAACAACGAUGAUGCCAAGGUUGAGGCAACCUUUCGUCUGUUCAACAUUAGGCGGCCCAAUGAUCACGUCACGGCAGACUUUCAGUAUUGUGGGACAGCAGUAACUACUGCUUCCAUUCCUGGACUCGUUGAUGCACCACUUCGUACAUUCGCGACGGGCUCUAUUCUCAUCACGUUGGGAGAGGCCUCUCGAACUUUAUUGCCAGCCCGCAGUCCCGCUCCCGAUAACACUCUCCCGGUGAGAACAGAGGAUUUGUACGACUCUCUUCGCCGUAUGGAAUACGGCUACAGCGGUCCAUUCUACGCUCUUCAAAGACUGAACCGCAGGCUUGGUGCAGUCAGAGGAGAAGUAAUGAGCCCCGAUUAUCCAGACUCUACGUUGAUCAUCCACCCAGCCAUGUUGGAUGCAGCAUUCCAAGCGGUACUCCUUGCGCAAGCGGCUCCGUACGAUGGAACGCUGUGGUCACUUCACGUUCCAAAAACAAUUAGGCGUAUUGUGGUUAAUCCUGCUCUGUGCCAGCCAGAUGAGAUCAAAGGCCAGCUGCUGCCCCUCGAUGCAUGCCAACCGAUCAAGACGGGCGAAUUUCAGGGUGACGUUGAUAUCUACCCAGCAUCCAAGGACAACGCACAUGCACUCUGCCAAGUGGAAGGUCUAAACUGUAUUCCCUUUGCCCCUGCAUCCGCCAAGGAUGACAAGGAGAUUCUAGCAGCUGUAGAAUGGGGACCUGCGUUUCCAGAUGCUGUCAUGGCAUCGCGGGACUUGGAGCCCAGUCGAGAGGAGGUAGAACUAGGUCAUCUGCUUGAGAGGCUUUCUCAGUUCUACAUGCAAAAUCUACUCCGUGCCAUCCCCCCAGGAGACGUCCGCCGACAAACAAGCUCCAUCGCCGGCAUUUUCGGAUUUGCUGAGCACAUUGAUUCGCUUAUUAGAUCUGGUGACCGGGACUUUUGGAAGCCGGAAUGGCACGAAGACACGUUCGAGACUAUAGUCGAAGCUAUUGAGCCAUUCAAAGACAAUGUGGAUGUUAGGCUGCUCAAGCGCGUCGGCGAGAACCUGGUCAAGAUUGUUGACGGAGAGGUCACUGCUAUCGAGAUCGCUAUGGAGGAUCACUUGCUGAACGAAGUCUACGUCGCCAGUCUAGGACUAAAGGAAGUGACUCAUAUCCUGGGAAGAGUAGUAUGCCAAAUCGCCCACAGAUACCCGCAUCUAAACGUGCUCGAGGUAGGUGGCGGGACCGCGGGGUGUACCAAAGCUGUCUUCAGCCUUGUCGACAGCUUUGCGUCGUACACAUUCACGGACGUUUCGUCGGCAUUCUUCCCUACAGCACAACAAGUGUUCAAGGACCGGGCCUCGGAAAUGAAGUACCAGGUGCUUGACGUGGGCAGGGAUCCGAUAAGUCAGGGCUUCCAUCCACAGUCCUACGAUGUCAUCAUCGCAUCUAUGGUAUUACAUGUCACCAAAGACCUUUGUCAAACCAUGCAAAAUAUCCGACGCCUAUUGAAGCCUGGUGGUUAUCUCAUCAUCCAGGAGGGCUUCAACAACGAUGUUGGACGAAGUGGCGCUAUCUUUGGAGCAUUUCCUGAUUGGUGGUUGGGAGCUGGCGAAGGACGUAUACUUGGACCACUCGUGUCGAUCGAUGAAUGGGACAAGACGUUGCGUGGUUCAGGAUUCUCUGGAAUCGACACGUGCUCAUCCACGUCACAUCAGUUCUCUCAUCCAACUGUCGUCUUUGUAACACAGGCUUUGGACGAGCGAGUCAGCUACAUUCGAGACCCGUUAUCUGUACCACUACCACAAUCCAUGAACAUUUCUCGGAAUGAGCUUGUGGUUGUUGGCGGUAAAGGUCAGCGGACGAAAGACCUGAUAACUGAGCUGGUACCCACACUUCAGCAGCGUUUCCAGCUUUUUAGCAAGUUUUACUCCUUCGCGGAACUAGCGAAUUCUGCGAUGAAGUUGUCUUCGUCCAGCCUGGUUUUGAGUCUCACAGAGCUUGAUCAGCCGUUAUUGCAGGACCUGGAUAGUGCAGAAUUCGAGGGGAUUAAGGCGGUCUUGCUCAGCCUCGGAUCAGUUUUCUGGGUAACUGAGGGCAGGCGCGCAUCAAACCCUUUCACUGCAAUGACAGUCGGAAUGAUCCGUGGAGUGGUCUGCGAAGCACCUACUCUGACAUCUCAGUUCCUCGACCUUGAGGGCGCCGGUACGUUGAGCGCUCGUGCCAUUGCCACCGCACUGCUCCGCUUCGAAGCACAAUCGGCUGUCACAAGUGGGCAGGAAGGAGGAGAGCAAAUCUUUGGGAACCUUGAGCGUGAACUUGUGCUCGAUUCUCAGGGCCAGAUGUUGAUACCUCGUCUCAAGCCCGGAAAGGACAUGAAUGAUCGUUACAACUCGGGCCGACGCUCAGUCUUUAAGAAUGUGCACCUCGAUUCAAGCGACACUAUUGCGACUAGCCUAAUCUUGCACCAAUCCAACGCGGAUUGUUAUUUCAUGGAAGAGCCGGCCGUCGCAGCGAAAAGUGCACAAUUCACGCCUAUAUGCUCACUAAUCUCUGCUGUACGAUUGGAUAAAGAGUCGAGCUACGCCUAUCUCAGUCUUGCGAAGACUAUAGACAACAGCUUGUCGCACGUUAUCUUGUCGUCUCAGCUUGCGCCUAAAGUGAGAGCUCUACGAAGCGCUGCACUGCCGACAGAUGUCCCAGAAUACAUGCAGUCCACGUUCGCGGUUCUUGUCGCACAUGCUCUAGUUUGCAUGCAAGUUUUGGACGGCAUCCCCACCGGAGACCAUCUUCUGGUUUUCGAGCCGGCGCAAGACUUCGCAGCGACAUUACUAGUGAUAGCCAAGAAUCGAGCUAUCGAUGUUACGUUUAUCCGGACCACGCCAAUCGAAGAUAGCCACAGCGAGGGAUACAUCCAAAUCAACCCGCGAUCUCCUGAUCGUACCAUUGCCGCAAUUCUCCCGUCGCACAAGUCAACAUUCUUGAACUGCGAGAGGCGUACAGACUCAUCCAGUGUGGUCGCUCGGAUCAUGGCACUUCGCGCACGUGCCUAUAGAGUCCAGUCGCUGAAUGAAUAUUUCUCGCCAUCAGCGUCGAGUCAUGACACCUUGGACAAUAUACCCUGCGGUCAGCUGUUGCACGAAGCAGUGCAGUAUGCCUCCCAUUAUCUCACAACAUCCUCAGCGCUUUGCCCCAAUCAUCAAGUCGCUACUCUUCCGGUCACCGAUCUAGCCACGGGUAAAGCCGGCGUUGGUAAUGACGCAAUGCACUCUGUGGUGGACUGGGACACGGUGCACGAGAUUCCUGUCAAGAUCCGCAACAUUGAGGACCACAUUAUCUUUUCGAGUGAGAAGACGUACUGGCUUGCAGGACUCAGUGGAGGAUUAGGAUUGUCGUUGUGUGAAUGGAUGAUCAAACGAGGCGCCAAGCAUAUCGUCAUCACCAGCAGGAACCCUAAAGUCGCCCGUUCCUGGGUGGAGUCAGUGAAGGCACUUGGCGCUAAGGUUGCAGUGCUGUCUUGCGAUCUGACGAGCGAUUCACAGACCAAUCUCAUCUAUGACAAGAUCUGCUCGAGCAUGCCGCCUCUCGGGGGCGUGGCUCAAGGCGCCAUGGUGCUCCAGGAUGUUGGAUUCCGCGACAUGAGCUCUGAUGCUAUGGAAAAGGUCUUGCGCCCCAAGGUCGUCGGUAGCAUCAACCUUGACAGGUUAGUCAAAGGUCUUGAUCUCGACUUCUUUGUCUUUUUCUCCUCGGCCACUGCAAUCAUUGGCAAUGCAGGACAGUCCAACUACUCGGCUGCCAACAUGUUCAUGACGAGUCUCGCAGAGCAGCGAAGGCAGCGCGGAGAGGCAGCCUCAGUCAUACACAUUGGACCUAUCCUGGGCGUUGGCUAUGUUACGCAGCAAGGUGAAGCUGUGCGAGACAUCUUCGCUCGGCAGGGUGAGUACACAUUCAUGUCCGAGGCAGACUUCCACCAACUCUUCGCGGAAGCUGUGGCUGCAGGACGGCCCGGAUCGAAGGUUCCGUUGGAGAUCUGCAUGGGCAUAGCCAAGAUGCACGAGAAACCUGCGAAGGAGCUGGCUUGGUACCUGAACCCGCUUUCGGCACAUAUGACAGGCAAUGCCACAGCCGAGAUUUCGUCCAAGACAUCCAAGUCACGAGCGUCUGUCAAAGCUCUGCUCAAGAAAGCCACCUCGGUGGAAGAAGUAUUCGAGAUACUGAAGGAUGGUUUCCUGCCUGCACUAUGCUCACUCUUCCAGCUGGACCCCAAAUCGGCCGAAGAUCCACAAUUCCUAGACAACCAGAUCGAUGGCUUUGGACUCGACUCCUUGCUUGCCGUCGAGAUACGAACAUGGUGGCUCAAGACCCUACAAGUCAAUAUACCCGUCAUGAAGAUCCUCUCUGGAAUUACAGUACGGGACAUCAUCGGAUUUGGUGUCGAAGGGCUCUCCCCAGAGCUAACGCCGAAUGUUGCAGCCCAAGACGAGACUGCCGGGGGGAAUGGCGAUGCGAAGGGAGUAGACGUAGACGAAUCUCCAUUACGAAACGGGAACGACACCAAUGAGGUCAAGUACGUCACCCAGGCACGGCAGCUUCCUGCGAUCAUCCGAUCAAUGGAACUGUCUUUCAACCAGCAAAUGUUUUGGUUCGGUUUAACAUCAAUGCAGGACAAAACAGCUCUGAACCACACGGCAUGCUAUCGCAUCCUCGGCAACCUACGCAUAGAGAAUCUCGAACGCGCGAUCCUCCAUCUGGGACAAAUUCACGAUACGCUGCGAAUGUGCUUCCGAACUUCACGUGGGCAAACAAGCCUAGGAAUUGUCGAGUCAUGCACUCUCCGUGUUGAGCGCCAAAAGAUUGAGAAUGAAGCGGAAGUCGAUGCCGUCGUCCAGAAGGUACAAACGACGGCUUAUGACUUGGAGUAUGGGGAGACUAUGCGUGUGAUCGUUCUGUCUUUGUCCGAAACAGAGCAUUACCUGGUGUCGGGCUCGCACUCCCUCGUCUUGGACGGUCUUUCCUCAAUCAUCUUCCUUAGACAAAUCGCACAAUCUUAUGAAAAUGACUCGUCUGUGGAUGAAGCCGAAGUUUCUCAGUACUCAGACUGGGUAGGCUCUCAGCUCGAAGCCUACAAGUGCGGUGGUUUUGACAAUAGCCUACGGUUCUGGAAAAAGCACUGGACCACCUCUCCGCCACCAUUACCUAUACUUCGAAUCUCUGACUCCAAAAUCAGACCUUUGCUUAGUGAAUACGACAAUUUUCGCGCUGAUGCGAUCAUAAGCAAGGCCGUCAAAGCCCGCAUUUGGGCAGUCUGUCGGCGGAACAAGACCAGGCCGUUUCACUUUUUUCUGGCAACAUUUCACGCGCUCCUCGCUAGAUUCGCCGACGUUGAAGAGAUUGCGAUUGGAAUCAGCGACUCCAAUCGACCGGAGCAAGGUACCAUGAAUGCUCUAGGGGCGUUUGCAAACAUUGUGCCGAUUCGGGGCAGCAACGACCCAUCAGAACGUUUCAGUACUCUCAUGAAAGACUGUGCAGAGAAGGCUGCUGCCGCUUUGGGGCAUUCUGACGUACCGUUCCAUCUACUUCUAUCAGAGCUCGGCGUUACACGAUCGACCACACACACGCCCAUGAUCCAAGCAUUUUUUGAUUAUCGUCAGGGCAUGCUCAAGACGCAACCUAUGGGCGAUUGCGAACUCGAGCUUCUCUCUUUUCAAGCAUCCAAGGUGCCCUACGACAUUUGUUUGGACAUCAUCGACGAUGCCGGUGAAGGAGAUUGUGUCCUCCAUCUCCUUGUCCGCAACGAUAUGUACACGAAGCAACAAGCUCAAACUUUGAUCAAAUGCCUUGUCAAGCUCACAGAGUCGUUCUCACGUAUUCCAAACACGACGUUAGAAUCAGCAGCCAUGUUCGAUGCGCAAGAGGUAGAACAGGUUCUAGGCUUCAGCAAAGGUCCACUACUGGCGUCGCAAUCAGAAACAGUCCUUGGUUUGGUCAGUCGCUUCAUGGACACUGCGCCAAAUUCCAAGGCACUCAAAAUGGCUGGCGCAGCAGAGACUGUCAUGGACUACGCAGGCAUGAUGCGUCGGGCUAGAGGUAUUGCGCACGCACUAAGGUCUAAUGGCUGUGUGAAGGGAUCUGUUGUCGCCACCCACCAGGAGCGCACCCCGGACUGGGUUUGUUCAGUAUUAGGCAUAUUGUGCGCUGGUGCUAUAUGUCUUCCACUCGAUAUCAAUCUGCCUGUUUCGCGUCUGGCUGCAAUAGUCCAGCAUAGCGAGCCAAGCUUUGUCCUGCGGCAGAAGGAGGAACUCAACGACAUGCUGAAGGAAGCAUGCAAUGCGUCUGGAGCCCGCGUAAUGAUCAUUCCAGAGCUAAGGACCCAAGAAGGUGCUGACUCGGCCGUUGAUGAGAGCUCUUCCGAAUUAGGCGAAGUCUACGCAAAAGAUUCUGCCAUGAUUUUCUACACGAGCGGCUCUACUGGCACGCCCAAAGGGAUUCUUCUUCCACACGAAGGCCUUCGGAAUUGGAUCGAAGCCGCCCUUCACCUUUUCGACAUGGGUAGCGACGAAAUUAUCCUCCAACAAACUUCCUGCAGCUUUGACAUGUGCUUCGUGCAAGUGUUUCUGGCACUUUGUUCUGGAGGACUUCUCUGUCUAGUCCCGUCGGGAUCAUCUGCAAACGCCACUUUCCUCACUGAAACCAUCGCUGCUGAAGGCAUCACGUUCACGGGAGCAACACCAACCGAAUACUCCAAUUGGUACCGCUAUGGAAACCGCGAAGCGCUCUUGCGGAGUACAUCACGCUGGAAGACAGCUAUGACGGGUGGUGAAGCCACUACCCAUGCAACAUUGGAGGUUUUUGCAUCUCUUGCGAAGCCAGGUGGUUAUAGCAACACACCACGCCUUUUCAACGUCUACGGACCCACAGAGACAACCGUGGGCGCGACAGGAACUGAGCUGAGCUAUCUUGGAGACCUCAAAUCCGCAAAGAUCAGCGCAGGCAAGCCUUUGGCUGGAUAUCUUGUCUAUGUCAUGAAUGAGCUAUUGCAGCCUGUGCCCGUCGGCAUCCAAGGUGAGAUCGUAAUCGGUGGCGCAGGUGUCGCCAAAGGCUACCUGAAGAACCAAGAUCUUUCAUCAGAGAGAUUCGUUUCGAACGCCCUGGCAUCAGAGGACUAUUGUGCCAGAGGCUGGACUACCAUGCAUCGUACCGGAGAUGUCGGCAGAUGGUGUGAAGAUGGUACCCUACUCGUGGAGGGACGUAAGUCUGGAGAUACUCAGAUCAAACUCCGCGGGCUGCGAAUCGACCUCGCCGAGAUCGAGAACAGUAUGGUCAAGGAAUCCCUAAACGCAUUGGCUCAAGUUGUCGUGUCCCUCCGCCAAUCCACACCUUCGUCAAACCAACCAAAUGAAGGGUUUCUUGUUGCACAUGCCAAGUUCCAGCCCAAUGCGCUUUCCUCUCAUGGCGAACAACAAGCUUUUCUCAACGAGAUUCUUGCUCGUCUCCCUCUACCACAGUACAUGCGUCCUGCCGCGGCAUUUGCGGUCAACGAUUUUCCCAUGAUGAUAUCGGGAAAGCUUGACCGCAAGGCAGUAGCACAACUGCCGCUGGAGCAGGAAGGCUCCUCUUCCCUGGCGCAUCCGCAAAGCGUCACCAACAACGAACCACUCACCGAGGCCGAAGCACGACUGAAACGUCUCUGGGAAGUAUGUCUUUCCGGGGAGCUUUCCAAACAAUAUCGCAUUGAUUCGAACUCGGAUUUCUUCCACGUGGGCGGAAAUUCUACCCUUCUGCUUAAGUUGCAGUAUGAUAUCGGCAAAGAGUUCGGCGUUUCACUUGCACUGCUGGACUUUUUCAAGCACACCACGCUCCGUGCGAUGGCUAGACAUAUCGACCCUAGCAGUAGUGCUCUGCAGCCUGACUCACGAAUGGGUGUGGAUUGGAAGACACUGACCGAUGUGCCCGACACGAUUCAGAGAUCUCUCGUCUCCGCUAAACCCGUCCAAAGCCUGGUACCACGAGUCGUUGCACUGACUGGGGCAACUGGACUCAUGGGCCAAGCUUACCUGCAAGCAUUACUUAGCGAUGUUGAUGUCCAGAAGGUGCACUGCAUUGCUGUCCGCCUAGGCAGCGGUCGCACCAAGCAACUACUUUCACUCCAUGAUUCCCCGCUCCGCCACGCCAAGGUGGAAAUUCACCCAGGCGAUCUCUCUGAGCCCAACUUGGGCUUGGACGAGACUGCAUUGACGCAUAUCUUCAGCACUGUAAACGUCAUCAUCCAUAAUGGCGCAGACACGUCGCACAUGAAGAGUUUUUCCUCGAUCCGCAAGACGAAUUUCGACUCUACCCGAGAAAUCAUCAGCAUGUGUCUGAGAAGGAACGUUGGGCGUAUGAUACCGUUCCAUUACGUAUCCACAGGAAGUGUCUGGGUGUCUUCAGGCCUGGACGUCGCGGAUGAGGUGUCUGCAGCCGCAUACCCACCGGAUGAGAAGCUUGCAACUGGCUACAGUGCGUCGAAGUGGGCGAGCGAGAUGUUUCUCGAAAGGUUGUUUGAGUACAGCGGCUCUCUGUGGCCGAUUACUGUCCAUCGUCCCGCCAGUGUACAACCAGAUGAUGACGAUGACGAUGUGGUGAACAAGACCACAUCAACGAGUGCAGCAGACCCGCCGGCAAUCCCACAUUUGGACUUGACCGAUACUUUGCUUCAUUACUGUCGGCUCAUGAGCUGCGUACCCGUGUCGCCGGGGCUGCGAGGCUCUCUGAACCAAGUCUCGCUUAGCGCUGUGGUGCAGGACAUGAUGACGGCACUGCGGACAUGGCCAACAGACCAUAGUAAACUGCGAUAUAUACAUGAGAUCGGGGAUGUCAAUAUUCCACUACACCAGCUAAGCACUGUGGUUCCGAAUGCAGUCGAAGUCGAGCCGCUGGAAUGGGCCAGACGCGCGGCGGCAGCGGGCUUGGAUACUUUCCUUGUUGAACUUUUCCAGAGUGUGGUGACUGAGCAGAACCUCGUGUUCCCAACGCUUACGAAGAAGAACCUAAAUGGUGUUUAA